AUAAGCAUUUCAAAACUGAAGUAUUCAUCCAAUUAAAUGCUUGGAUGUUGGAUAAUAUCUGGCGAACAUUGUCCGCUGGACAUCUGUGUCUAUCAUAUUUUGUGCGAACAAUGUCCAGUGACAAUCCAUAUUUUGGACAUGUGAUGGACAUGGACAUUGAACAAUGUCCAAAUAUGUCUGUGUCUAAGUAA